UCGCUGAUGCACACUGAUAGACAGCACUGACUGGCACUGAUAGACGGCACUGACUGGCAUUGAUAGGUGGCACUGACUAGCACUGAUGGGUGACACUGAAAGGCAGCUCAGAUAGGCACUGAAAUAUGGCACUGAAAUGUGGCACUGAUGGGCACUGGCAGGUGGCAUGGAUGAGCACUGACAGCUGGCACUGAUGGACACUGACAGGUGGCACAGCUGGGGCUACACAGAUCAUCAGGGCACACUGAUCAUCAGUGCUCUGAUGAUCUGUGUACAUGUCCCCUCCAAGCAGGGGCGGACUGACCAUUUGGAAACUCGGGCACCGGCCCAGGGCUUUCUUGAGUUUGGGCAAGGACACAGGGGCCCCAUGAUC